AUGGCCCAACCUCAUCCCCUGGAUCAAUUGCGGGCAGAAGAGAUCCUUCACGCCCGGGAAGCCGUACUUCACGCUUGGCCCAAAGCACUGAUCCAGUUUCGCUCUAUAUUCCUCGAAGAGCCUACCAAAUCGUCUUUGUUACCGUUCCUCGAGGCAGAACAUGCCGGCUCGUUGAGCAAAGAUACCCCACGGCCACCCAGGCUGGCCCGCGUGCAGUAUGAUGUGAUCCAAGAUGGCAAGUUUUGUGGAUACACGGAAUCUGUCAUGGAUAUUGAUUCGAAAAAGGAGGUUAAGCGAGAAGCAUUUGACACCUCAUGCCAGCCCUAUCUGACAAUGGAGGAAAUGAAGCAGUUUUUUGACCACUGUCUCCCAUCUCCACUGUUUCAGGAGGCUAUAUCCCAGUUCAAAUUGCCAGAGGGUUACGAAGUGGAACUGGAGCCGUGGCCUUAUGGCUACUCGGACCCGGGAGAAGCCCCUCCUCGUUAUAUUCAAGGAUUGUGUUUUGCCAAAGACAAACGCAAUGGGAAUAUGGAUUCCAAUCAUUACUCCCAUCCGAUACCGAUGUUUGCCGUGUGCGACGUUUAUAAGAGGGAGAUUGUCAAAAUAGAAAAGCUAGCUACUGGCGGAACUGCCGAUGGCUUAGCGUACGAUACGCAUCAAGCCAACGCUGUUGACCAUUGCCGCCCUGCAGAAUACGUCCCAGAGCUUGCAGACGUGGAAUAUCGGACUGAUAUCAAGCCAUUAAACAUCAUCCAGCCGGAAGGACCGUCCUUCAAAGUGAGCAACGAGAGUUUAGUUGAAUGGCAGAAAUGGAGGUUCCGUGUGGGAUUCAAUCCUCGAGAAGGUGUCACGCUCCAUGACGUCCAUUAUGAUGGCCGCAGCGUUUUCUUUCGUCUAGCCUUGUCCGAAAUGACUGUCCCCUACGGCGACCCUCGCCCACCUUUCCACCGAAAACAAGCCUUUGAUUUUGGAGACGGCGGUGCUGGUCGCUCUGCUAACAACCUAUCCCUGGGAUGCGAUUGUUUGGGUGCUAUCAAAUACCUGAGUACCUUCAAUACCGACUUCUCUGGGCAACCGAUAUCAGCCCCCAACGUUGUAUGUAUCCACGAACAAGAUAACGGUAUAGGUUGGAAGCACACGAACUUUCGGACCGACCGGCCAGUUGUGACAAGGUACCGAGAGCUGAUCAUUCAGUACAUUAUUACACUUGGCAACUAUGAAUACGUCUUUGCCUAUAAGUUUGACCAAGCUGGAGCGAUCAGCCUUGAGGUACGACCAACUGGUGUAAUCUCGGUUGUAAACAUCGACCCAGGGAAGACUUCUCCAUGGGGAAAUGUUGUUUCGCCUGGUGUGCUCGGCCAAAAUCAUCAGCACCUGUUCUGCCUACGUGUUGAUCCCGCCAUCGACGGUCACAAAAACACUAUCUUCCGUGAAGAAUCACUACCCAUGGCCAUGGAUCCUGCGACCAAUCCUUACGGCAACGCUUAUAAGGUUGUGACUGAGCCAGUUGAGGUUUGCAGCGCAUUCAAUGCUUCUCCAUUCACCAAUCUGGUUGUCAAGUUAUCAAACACUAAUGUUCGAAACCCCAUAUCCGGCAAACCGGUAUCCUACAAAUUUACGCCGCCUGCCACCCAACUUCUCCUAGCAGACCCUCAGUCAAUCAUGGCUCGUCGAGCCAAAUUUACCAGGCAUCAUGUUUGGGUUACUUCCUACAGAGACGGCGAAUUAUACGCUGCAGGGGACUUUACUAACCAGUCUAACGAAGAACGAGGCGGACUUGCGGACGCGGCCGCUCGUAAUGACAGCACGGUCGAUUCUGAUGUCGUGCUAUGGUCUGUCUUUGGUUUCACCCAUAAUCCACGCGUGGAAGACUGGCCAGUCAUGCCCGUGGAGAAAAUCGAGCUGCAGUUCCGCCCGUCUGACUUCUUUGAUCGCAACCCUGCGUUGGAUGUCCCGGCGGUCAAGAACACAACCAGUGUGUUGGUUGGUGAUAACUCUUGCUGCCAAUCUAAUUGA